GUUGUAACCUCGCCACACUGGAGUAUGCUCUCAGGUGUGGAAUUUACGAGGAAUCAUGAACGCAACGGGUAACGUGGUCAGUGUACGAGCGUCAAGAUGGUGAAAAUUGGCCUCCAGUUUAAAGCCACUCUGGAGAAUAUCACCAGUGUGAGGCCCCUGGGUGACGACUUCCGCUGGUUCCUGAAGCUGAAGUGUGGAAACUGUGGAGAGAUCCCAGAUAAAUGGCAGUAUGUAACCCUACUGGAGAGUGUACCACUGAAAGGAGGAAGAGGAAGUGCCAGUAUGGUGCAGAAGUGUAAACUUUGUGCAAGAGAAAAUUCAAUUGAUAUCCUGGGAGACACAAUUACACCUUAUAAUGCCAAUGAUAAUGAAACCUUCAAGACUAUGGUGCAGUUUGAGUGUCGAGGCCUUGAGCCUGUUGACUUCCAACCACAAGCAGGCUUUGCUGCAGAAGGAGCCGAGACUGGAACGCCGUUUCCUGAAAUCAACCUGUUAGAAAAGGACUGGACAGACUACGAUGAGAAAGCCAGUGAGUCGGUGGGAAUCUACGAGGUCACACAUCGCUUCAUCAAGUGUUGAUGUCAUUCUGCGAUGAGAUUGAGAGUGAAACACUACAUCUGAACAUCCUCAGUCCUGUUUCCUGCCAAUCUGGACGCUUCACAUUCUGAAGUUUCGUGGUUUGGAUGAUGAUGAACAAUAAAAAGGUGUCGGUUACCACGGCAGGUUGUCCAGUUACAUGUGGAUCGAUCCAAUAGCUGUUUUGUUUUUUAUUGCAUCAAUAAAAUGAAGGGUGAACAUUU